AUGGACGCGGGGAAGGAGGUGCGGCGGCGGCGGGGGGGCGCUGGCCGGGAGCCCCCCAGCAGCACCGAGACGCUCCUGGCACUGUUGGCGCGGAACCAGGAAGGCCGGGCAGACAUCCCUCUCUGCGCAGGCUGCAACCAGCACAUCGUGGACCGUUUCAUCCUGAAGGUGCUGGACCGCCACUGGCACAGCAAAUGCCUCCGAUGCCACGACUGCCAGGUGCAGCUGGCAGAGAAGUGCUUCAGCCGUGGAGAGAGCGUCUACUGCAAGGAGGACUUCUUUAAGAGGUUUGGGACGAAAUGUGCAGCCUGCCAGCAAGGCAUCCCGCCCACCCAGGUGGUGCGAAGGGCCCAGGACUUUGUCUACCACCUUCACUGCUUCUCCUGCGUGGUCUGCAAAAGGCAGCUGGCCACGGGAGACGAAUUCUACCUCAUGGAGGACAGCCGGCUGGUUUGCAAGGCCGACUACGAGACCGCCAAGCAAAGAGAGGCCGAGUCCACAGCGAAGAGGCCUCGGACCACCAUCACCGCCAAACAACUGGAGACCUUGAAAAACGCCUACAAUAACUCCCCCAAGCCUGCCCGACACGUGAGGGAGCAGCUGUCUUCCGAAACAGGCCUGGACAUGAGAGUGGUCCAGGUGUGGUUCCAGAACAGGAGAGCCAAAGAGAAGCGCCUGAAGAAAGACGCUGGGAGGCAGAGGUGGGGCCAGUAUUUCAGAAACAUGAAACGCUCCCGGGGGAAUUCCAAGCUGGACAAGGACAGCAUCCAGGAAGAAGGGCCGGACAGCGAUGCUGAGGUCUCUUUCACAGACGAACCUUCCAUAUCCGACAUCAACCAUCCCAACGGGAUUUACAGCAGUCUUGGGGAAGACUCCCCCGUUGUGGCGAAACAAGCUGGGAGCAGUGGAAACUUCUCCUUGGAACAUGGUGGCAUCUCAGCUCAGGACCAAUUUCACGAUCUCCGGUCAAACAGCCCUUAUGGGAUGCCCCCCUCACCAGGCUCCUUACAAGCUAUGUCUGGCCACCCGUCCUUAAUGUCCAGCUUGGUUUACCCAGACCACGGCUUGGGCAUCGUAGGCCAAGGUGGACAAUCAGUGCCUCAACCCAUGAGGGUGUUGAGUGGGAACGGACCCAAUUCAGAUCUCUCUUCAGGAAGCAGCGGGGGAUAUCCGGAUUUCCCAGCCAGUCCAGCUUCUUGGCUAGAUGAAGUUGACCAUGCACAGUUUUGAUACCGGACUGGAGAACUCCUGGAGCUCCUUAAGAAACUGGACAUCUGCCUGGAAUGACCAGGAGACCCAGGCAAGUGGAGAAAUGUUAGCCAGCAGAGAGACGUGGAAACAAGGGAAAAAGGAGGGAGAUGCCAGCUCUUGACCCAGGAUGGCUCCUGGAAGGAGUGGAGGAGGUGAAGGGACCAUGCCCAGCUUCAGCUUGAUGGACCCCCGUCGGCAGCUUCUUCCCCAGACAUGGCUGGACCUGAACAGACUUUUUGCUUUCCAAGUUCGGUGAAGCCGAUGUGAGUAUCAGGAAGGAGGUCCUGAGGGGCUAUUGGGGUUCCUCCGUCUGUUCUCUGUGCAUUUGUCAUGACAGGGUCUGACCCAAGAGAAGAUAUUUUUUUAUAAAAUCCGAGGAAGCCUGCCAGCUGAGGGGGAAAGAAGAGAAACCAAAAUAGCCUUAGUUUUCUUUCAUCGUAUGUGAGUAGAACAAGAAAAUGUGUUUCUGGGAUAACCUCUUCUCCUUCCCUAAACAAGAGGUGACAAGAGUCCCUUCCUCCGUUUCCUUCCUCACCCUCGGCCUCUUCCUCCCCUCCUCACUCACUCCUUCCUCUUCCU